CUCAGUCUGGACCUGCCCAAGGACCGCUGCAAUUCAGCCUCCCACACAAAGGAAAAUCCCCGUAUUGCCCUUGGCUCCUCCUCUGGCCGGGUCCCUCCAGCUGCCUAUGGGGCACGGUCCUGCCCAGCUCUGCUAAGAUGCCCCUGGCUUCUCCGUCCACUCAGUCUAGAGGGCGGACCCCCAGCGCCGUGGAGAGGCUGGAGGCCGACAAGGCCAAGUAUGUCAAGACACAUCAGGUGAUAGUCCGACGCCAAGAGCCAGCCCUCCGUGGGGGCCCUGGACCGCUCACCCCGCACCCCUGCAAUGAACUCGGGCUCCCUGUGUCCCCCAGGACCCCCGGGCCCGCCCGCCGGGGCAGCGGCCGGAGGCAGCCAAGGCCCGAUUCGCUCAUCUUCUACCGCCAGAAGCGAGACUGCAAGGCUUCGGUGAACAAAGAGAACGCCAAGGGCCAGGGGCUGGUGCGGCGCCUCUUCCUGGGCGCCUCCCGGGACGCUGCUCCCAGCAGCCCGGGUCCCGCCGAGCGAUCGGCCCCUCCCGGGGCUUGGGCGGCUUCCCCCGACGCCCCCGAGGCGGCCCGGAAGCGGGCGCUGUGCCCCUCGUGCUCGCUGCCGCUCUCGGAGAAGGAGCGCUUCUUCAACUACUGCGGCCUGGAGCGCGCGCUGGUGGAGGUGCUGGGCGCCGAGCUAUCUGACUUUUUCCACGGUAGAGGAACCAUGCACCGAGUAGGGCAGCAGGCCAAGUCUUGCACUGAAUGA